CACAUGCAGAUGAAUCACCCACACAACCCUGAAGCCCCACCUCACACUGGGGUUGAAAUUUAAACCAGCCAGGAGAUCAUUUGCAGCCUGGUUUGGGAGCUCUGCUGACACAAGGAGCCCUCAGAGUGGCGGGAGGAAGAACAGCCUGAUCCAGGUGGGCUCCCAGCACGUGCUGCCGGGUGCCUGAGCGUGGGCUGAGGCUCUGCCACUCCACACACCUACUUCCUGCAAUCCUGGCAAUUACCAAUGGAGUAAAACCCAGUUUCUGACGUGGCUGACUCAGCAAGGGCUUGGCUCAAAACAAACACAUCCACACAGGGAGCCGCAGCCCCGGAAGCAGCCACGGGUGGCACAUGAAGGGACGGCGACGGCAGCGCCGCGGAGUUUUGGCAUUCUGGGUUCCAACCUGGCUGAAUUCCUGGACUCCUGGCUCAGCUCUCCCUGGACUUGAUGUUUCAUCCUGGUGAGCGUGGCAGGCCCAGUUCUCCGAGUGCUCCAGCAGCUUCUCCUCUCCUGGACUCCAGGCUGCUCCAACAGGGCGUAAGUCUCCUUUGAACUCCGUUCUCCCAAAGCUGUCUCCCGUGUUGUCGCUUUUUACAUCCCCCUUCUCCUGUAUUCCCUGGGCUCCUUCGGUGGGACUGAGUCACCGUCUCGUUCCCAGCCACCCACGGCGCUUUUCCUUCGGUGCCCCUCCGCAGAAGGUGCUUGGUUACCAUGGCACCCGAGUGCCCUUCUGUUCUAGAUGCCAGAUUAGAUCUGUUCUCAUGGUGACUGUGCCUCUGCUGUUCCCCACCAGCCCCGGAGCCGCAGCACACGUUUAACGAGCUCGCUCACACACUGCUGCUCCUCUCCACUCCAGGGGGAGACUCCUUGAGAUCCAAGACAAGCCAAGUGCUCCUCGCCACAGCGUGGAGUUUGCAUUUCCUGCACUACCAGCCUCUCUGUUUUCCUUGCAGCUCCGGGAACGGGGCAGGAAGAGGUUGUUCCUGUUGCGUGGCUCUCUGCUGAUCCCUCGGCUCCCGUCUGUGAGGAGUCGGCGUUCCUGCUCCUCGCUGCCUUCCCUCAGCAUGGAUACUUGGCGCAGGGGCUCCAUCAAGUCCACCACCUUCUUCCGACGCUUCUCCCUCAGGAGGCACAAAAAGCUGGGCAACCAAGUCAUCAUCCUGAACCAGAACAGCCACACUCUGGACACAGAUGGCCAGAAGAGGGAAUGCUUGAGGGACAAGUCUGAGUACCUGUCCUGUCAGAGCGAGCAGAACCUGGCCAAGGCACAAGCCCCUCCCAAGCCACCCCGGCUGUACCUGGACAGUUCCAGCUGCCCCAACAUCAUCGACCGCACGGAUUCCCACUCUGACCUCUCUUUUUCCGACGCUGCUCCGUACCACAAAGCCACUCCAACGCACAAGGACCAGGCUACAGAGCACGGCACCUCGGAGGCAGGUCUCCCAAACAGCACCACUCUUCCCGACCUGGCUGAUCCCUUCCUGUCCUUCAAAGUGGAUCUGGGGCUAUCUCUCCUCGAGGAUGUGCUGCAGACCCUCAGGAAACAGAACCCAAGGGAUUACGCCAUUUGAAGGU